AUGGCCAGGUGUAACUGUAGCCAUUGGUUAUGGGUUUCUACCCAGGAAGUUCCAUCAGUCCAUCAUUCGGGGAGACUGCAACGGCUUACUUCUUCAUUUCAACCUGAAAUUCCAUGUCCGAGCCUCAAUGUCAUCUUUGGCAGCCAUCAGAAAAACCUUCUUAAGAAACGUCGGCAAUAUGCUGGUAGACUUCGCUUGGAUAUUGAUACAGGAGCGGAAAAUGAGGAGCCUGUGCUGAUCGCCAACGCUACUAUGCCUGUUCGUAACUCCCAAAGAAUGUUUGGGUGUUGCUCAUCAGUUUCAGAAAUCUCGCUGUCGCGAGAAAUGUCUGAUACCCAGUCUCAUGGGCUCCUGUUCUCCCGCCUAUUGUAUCCAUUUGUGGAUAUCUUUUGCUUCUAUUCAUAUGGACCUUCAGACCUGACCAAGGUUGCGCGCUGGAUCGCCACUUGGCCAUCUCAGAAUGGUCCCCUCUGGAAGCCAUCAUUGAUGGUUCUUCUCUGUGAGAAACACUUGCUGCGGCCAGAUGCUGCGGCUGUAGCAGAGCGCCUCUUUACCUCAACAAUCACGGCGCUGACUUCUAAUUCAUUGGACGUCUACUUCACUGACUCUUGGUUUCUUCCAACCGCUGAUUCAAGUUCUUCUGCACUGAUUCAGGCUCGCUUCCGCGAGCAUCUCGCUGUGGUUGGACAGCGACGCCGAGAAUCCGGACUGCUGUUGUCUGUCGAGCAUACGAACGCAUUGUUUGAAAGGGCUUUUGAGUCAGCAGGUACCCUGUACCACCAACCCAUCGAUCUCAUUCGCAGUGCUCGGCGCGAUAUUCCAGUUUCAACUGAGCUAGCAGACCAUCUUGUCCAAUUCAUGAGUCAUAUACCCUCGCCGAAAGAUCUCAUCUCCUUUGCUUCUCCCAUAAUUGCGUCUAGUUUGUUUUGUGACCAUUAUCUUCCUGAUAUGCAUUACUUGAUGGUACGUAUUCGGCCGCCUACAGCCGGCCACUCAAUAUUGUGUAUUGAUGGGGGUGGCGUUCGUGGAAUAAUACCUCCUGCCAUCCUAGGUCAGGUCCAACAACAGCUUGAUCUCCCUAUACCGAUACAAGAGUUCUUCACAAUGGCAUACGGUGUAAGCGCAGUACUCGCAAUGUUCGCCAAUGGAUGGUCGGUAGAACGAUGUGGAGUUGAAUUUCAGAAGCUGGCAAAAUUUGCUUUCCGUCCUCCAACAACAGCAGCCGUACCUGGCAUGAAUUGGAUCCGGGCCAUUCUUUCCGACUCAUUGUACUCCGAAACCGACAUUGAGAUUGCGCUGAAGAGCGUGUUUGGUGAAAAGGCCUUUACUGAAGCAGCGUAUGCGCAGAGAAUAGGAGCCAAAAUUGGCAUUCCGGCUGCCACUAUCAAAUACCCUUCUUCUCUUUGCCUUUUCACGAACUACAACAGCUCAAAGCAAGAGACACGAGGUUAUAGGGUUAUGACAGAGGCAGAAAAUAUCAAGACAUGGGAAGUAUACCAACGAGCAAAAUAUCUUGCCGGUCUCGGGACAUUUCAGGAUGCGGGGGUUUUAGCAAACAACCCCCUUAUGAUCGCGUUAGCGGAGUUUGCGGCGUGGAAUGGCAACGCGCAGCCAGACCUCGUCUUGAAUGUAGGGACCGGAACGUCACCAAAUGCUCCCUUAAGAGACGAAGAGUCAAGGUUUAUCACUGACAGCUGGAUUCUGCGACUCAAACGCGCGUACAUGUCUAUAAUGCAAGGACAAAGGAUUUGGGACGAUGCCACAAGUGCCAAUCUCAACGCCGGUAGGAAUUGUGGCAGGUACAGGCUGGACCUCACUAUCACAAAUCCUCCCGCUAUUGACGACACUACAUCAAUGCCUGUACUCGUAUCCAUGGUGUACCGGGACGAUAUACUACUCGGAGCUGUGCCAGAAAUCGCCUACCACCUAUUCGCGACUCUAUUCUACUUUGAACUAACCGCUUUGCCUCAAAAGACCGGGUCGAACCUUUAUGUCAAGGGUAGUAUACUCUGCACUCGAAAAGGUAGAGACGCAGCGUUACCAAAGAUAGCCAAGAAGCUACGCCGGUCAAAAGUAUAUAUCAACGGAAAGUCUUGUCGAUCGAUAAUAGAAACAGACGAGCAUGGCAAUAUUCAGCAGCACCUUGAAUUUAUGACAGGUCAAUCCCUGCUGAUCGAACUGAAGGAAGAGGGUAGCUUACGCGCCUUUCCAAUUAGUGGGUCACCAUAUGAUAUCACGAAUCUCAUUGAGAGAGGAUCUACAACUGCUGUUUUUGGGAUGCGAACCCACAAGAAGAGAGUGCGGGAAUUGACUUGCAGUCGACCUUCUAAGCGAAGGAGACUUUGUAUAGCAUGUUUGUCUUCUUAG